AUGGCUGCCAACAACUCAUUGGCUGAUUUCUUGCCACGAAAAGUCAAGCUCAUUAUUGUGCAAAUCUUGGUGAUGAUUUUUCUCUGCAUCAACUUGGUGCUCAUCAUGACAUUUUUUAAAAGGGAGUGCUUCCACACAAGUGCUCGCUACAUCUUAUUUGCUGUUACAUUACUGUCAGAUAGCUUGUUGUUAUUCAUGUCUGAUAUCCUGCUCAUCUUGACAAUAUUUCGUUUAACUAUUCAAGUUUGGUUAUGUAUUAUUAUCUCUGUUGUGUUACUUCUUUAUGCUACAGUCACACCAGUUACUCUGACAGCAAUGACCCUGGAGCGCUAUGUGGCCAUUUGUAUGCCCCUGCGUCAUGGAGAGCUCUGCUCCACACGCAGCACUAUGCAUUGUAUCCUCAUCAUUCAUGGCCUCAGCUCUUGGCCAAAGCUGCAUCAGGAGAGGAUAAAAAGUCAAAAGAAAGGGCUCAGAACAGUGAUUCUUCAUGGUUUUCAACUGCUGCUUUGUCUUAUCCAGCUGUGGACCCCCUUCAUAGAGGCUGCUGUACUUCAGGUUAAUUUCAGUUUAUUUGAAAAUGUCAGGUACUUUAACUACAUAAUGUUUUAUUUUGCACCAAGAUGUUUGAGUCCUCUCAUUUAUGGUCUCAGAGAUGAAGUUUUUUUUCAUGCACUGAAAAACUGUGCCUCUUUUGGCUU